CCCCUCCCCCAUCCUUCCCCCCUCUCUCUCACUCUCGCUCCGAGCGAGAGGUCUGUGUCACUGGCCCUCCUUCCCUCCGGAGCUCUCUCCUCUUGCUCCGACCCAACAACAGGUGAGAACAGUUUGCGCUAGUAGGGUUUCGCCCUUCCGUUUCUAAGGGAAACAGGUUGGAGAUCAAGACGCCGCAAUGCCCAAGAUGUUCGGUUUCUCUCGUCGCCGGAUGAAGCUGGGAAGGUUGAAGGGUCAUCUGCAUGAUCCUUUCCAUGGCCCCCGGAGUCCUGCCCAUCCCACCAAGCGGUCCAGUCACCUCACUGGAGAAGAACCAGUGGCUACGUCGGUGAGUGGCCGUCCUGACGACCUUGCUUGGCGUUGCUCCUCUGAUACUUUUGACCUCAAUGGCCGUGCAUUUGAAAACUCAGAGAACUGGGCAGUAUUGUCAACGGACGGGGAUAAACCGAGUCCUCGUUUUGAUGUAAUUAACCAUCUUAUUGAUGUUUUGAAGUGUAUAGGAAGUUGUGAUGUUUUCAUCAUUAUCGGUUUCUAUACGGAAGCCUCUAUAACACAUUCAUCUGGUUACCAUUUCAAACAGCAUGCAGCAGCCAUGGUAGGGAGCAAAAUGAUUGUCUUCGGUGGAGAUUCCGGUAAUCAUUUGCUGGAUGAUACAAAGAUAUUAAGCUUAGACAAGCUUACAUGGGAUUCUGUGGCUUCUAAAGUUCGUGUAUCACCAGGUGGACGUUGUGCGCAGUUUCGACCAUGCAAAGGACAUUGCCUGGUUCCAUGGGACAAGACUGUCAUUCUUGUCGGAGGGAAAACCGAGCCAUCUUCUGACCGGAUAUCAGUAUGGACAUUCAAUACGGAAACCGAGAUCUGGUCGCAUAUGGAAGCGAAGGGCGACAUUCCGGUGGUUCGAAGUGGUCAUACAGUGACUAGAGCAGGCCCUGUUUUAAUUCUUUUUGGGGGCGAGGAUACCAAAGGGAAGAAACUACAUGACCUUCAUAUGUUUGAUCUGAAGUCCUUAACAUGGCUUCCUUUGAACUAUAAAGGUGCUGGACCUUCUCCAAGAUCCAAUCAUGUUGCUGCACUUUACGAUGAUAGAAUUCUUUUGAUUUUUGGAGGCCAAUCAAAAUCCAAGACCUUGAAUGAUGUCCACGCUCUAGAUUUUGAAACAAUGGUAUGGUCAAGAAUGAGAACACAUGGUCAUCAUCCAUCACCUCGGGCAGGUUGCUGUGGAGCUCUCUGUGGGACGAAAUGGUAUAUAGCAGGGGGUGGAAGCAAGAAAAGGCGUCAUCCUGAAACUUGGGUCUUUGAUGUCCUAGAAUCCAAGUGGUCUGUUUGUGUAGUACCUCCUAGUUCCUCCAUCACUACCAAGAAAGGUUUCAGCAUGGUUCCUUUGUACUACAGGGAUAAGAUUGUUCUUGUUUCAUUUGGAGGAAACAAAAAGGAGCCAUCUGAUAAGGUCGAAGUACUAGUGGUGCUGCAAAAUGAACAUUGUUUCAGUUGGCGGUCUGCCCCUGAUGCAGAACCCUUAAUGUAUGAGGACUCUUCUCCUAGCUCAAAGGAACUCGCGGAUCACCUCAACAACUGCGAUCCUUUGUACUCUAACUCUGUAGCAAGGCAUAGUCUCGCGACAACAGUGGAAAGCUCAUCUGGGAGGAAAUCACUCCCUGAUUCACUCCUACAUAACUCGAAGGUGGGCGGCUCAUCACUCCGCAGGCAGUUCCGUCAGGAGGAGGAAUGCAGCCUGGCCCAAAAACUGCAGAAGCCAAUCGACGAUGACAAGUACAAGGAUGUUGACGAUUGUUCUGAGCUACCAUCCUUCGCAAACCAAAAGCAGCGGAGUGACACAUAUCAUUCUCCAGAUGCGGAUGCUAAAACGAAGAGGGUGGGCAGAAGUUCGUCUGACAUUAACCAUCAACAUGAUACAAAAAUCGCAAACUUGGUCAGGAGAAACAUGGCGCUGGAAGAGCAACUUUCAGCUGCAAUGGCGAGCAAAGACGAAGCAGAAAAGAACUUAUCUCUGGUCAUUGACACGAAGGAAGAGCUAGAGAAGAGGCUAGCUGAGAGAGACAGGGAGGUUGUGGCGCUGAAGGAGAAAGUGGGAGGAUUAGAACAGGCACACGAAGAUUUGAACAACGCCUCAAACACUGUCCAUGCUGAUAACGUGCGGCUCGAGCGUGAAGUGGCGUUCUUGAAGGCAGUCAUGGAUGAAACUCAGAAGGCAAAAAAAAUAAAAAUCCCUGUGAUCUCUCAUUGUACCAGUGUUUAUGCAGUUGUACUGACUAUUUUACCCCCUAAACAGGAGUUUUACUCGACCCGCGGAGUUCUAGCAGGAGAGCGCGCGAGGGCAUUCCAGCUCCAGGUUGAAGUGUUUCAUCUGAAGCAAAGGCUGCAAUCAAUGGAUGGACGGUCACCUACACAAAGAAAACCUCAGAAUCUCUAGGUUCCAGAGGUCAAAUCUCAAAUGUGGAUAAUGAUGCGAAUACCUUGCAUCCUGAUGUAAACUAAUUGUUACCAUGCCUAUUUUUGCGUCAAAACAUCAGGGGCGUGUUUGGUUGGUUACCAUGCUUCGCCACACCUGGGUUGUGUGAAUUCACAUCUUUUGUGGCGACCAAACUGGGCAAGCGCGGUAAUGAACCGAACAUGCCCCAGGUAUGCAUAUGUUCUGAUCCAUCGUAGGGAGGAUUGUGUGCUAGAUACUAAGGUUGUGAGAUGUGGAUUGAUUUGCAACUGUCUGAUCUAGUAAUGUGCAUAUCCUUGUUUUUGAAACUUCUCUUGAGAGAGCGUGAAACUCUCUCUUUUCAGUUUAAACUAGUAAUUUGCCCGUGUGUUCGAUGGCAAAAAUAACAUGUUUAUGACCUAUGUAGUGCAAAUUUGUGGCGACCUGGUCCCGUAUAA